GAGGAGACGGGAGAGGAGGGGGCGGUGUCUGUAGACCACGUCUUUUACUGCACGCUGUUACUGUGGAUAGAUAGGUGACCUGGAGUAGCAGUUCAGUGCUACAUGCUGUGAAUGUAUUGUGAGGCGAUUAGACCUCAGUCGGGACCGUUUUAGAGACUGUUGUGAGCCAUUUUUGCCGUAGGUAGAAAAGACUCUGCUGUGAGGCAUAAAGACUAAUUUAAGGCGUACAGAUUCUUCUGUUGGUAGAAUAGACUCUGUUGUGAAGCGUGUGGAUUCUUUUAUGAGGCGAUUUUUGAAACUGUUGGGAUUCGAAAAGAACUCUGUUAUUAGACUUACAGUACGGUGUAGACUCCGUUGGUAGUCGAAUAGUGCUCUGCUAUAAGACUUAUAGACUGUUUGAAGCCUGCAGAUUGCAUUGUGAGAUAGAUUAGAUAGAUUUUGUAAUGUGGCGUGUAGUCUGUUGUGAAACAAACGUGAGACCGCUGUGAGCCAGGUAGACUGCUGAAAGGUAGAGACUUGUGAGACCGCUCACUCUCAACUUUGGAGUGCCGCCCCGGUGUAUGCGCCGUGUAUGGGUCAGCCCUUGGUCAAGUGGGUCGGAGAGUUCGAGUUUGAAUCCCAGAGCAGUGUAUUGACUUACUGGAGCACAACUGCGUGCUUGAGUGGGCGGUGUGCGGCUGUACCAGGGUAAAGAUUCUGUAUUUUUGCCGAGGCGGUGAUUCUUGUAAGGAGAGUGGCUGGCAAUGGCUGAUCUGAGCCUUCAGUUGAGGGUGAGAGAACUGAUGCCCUCUGAACAUGAGAGGGACACACUGUUUGAGGCUCUACGUCGCUACCAGUCUGGUCAAGACCUCCACAAGCUCUUGUCCACGCUAUGCUUUCUCCUCAAUGACCCAUCGAAACUGGAGCUGUACGAUGCCAUGAGGCCCCUGAUCCUCCUGCGUCACCAGCUGUUGUACAGCUUACGUGUGCCAGGUACCCCUGGGCUCAAACUCAGGACCGUCCGACUACAACGCCGUACGGGAGAGAACCUGGGCUUCUGUGUCAAAGGAGGUUACGAGCACGGUGUGGGCAUUUUUGUCACCGAUGUGACACCUGGGAGCCAGGCUGACAGGCAAGGCCUUACGGUUGGAGACGAAAUCGUACGUGUGAAUGGAUUCACAAUAUCUGAGGCCAUCCAUGACGAUGUGCUCAACUUAAUUCGCAUGCGCGAAGACAUCAUCCUCAAGGUCACAUACAUUGGAAUGGUUCCCGUGAAAGAUGACGCAGGAGACGCUGUGACCUGGGAGUAUGUUCAGGACGAGGAGGAUCAGGAUGAGGUCAAGGACAUGCUGGAGCAGCAGUCGAAAGACCUGAAGGUUUUUGUGGACACCACAGGACAUGCCUCCUUUGGCUGUGGAAUCAGGAGCGGCCCUCGCAGCUUCCCCGGGAUUUUCAUUGAGCGCGUGCGGCCUGAGAGUCUGGCCGAGGAGGCUGGCCUUCAGACUGGAGACCAGAUCGUGGAGGUCAACGAGACGAGCUUCCGCAAGAUAAGCCACAAGGAGGCUGUUCUGGCACUGAAGAGCAGUCGGCAGCUAAACUUGGUCAUCCGCAAAAAGACGGGCAUGAGGUUGUUUGGCGAGAUCAUCUCGACCGUGCCAGAUGCCAGGACAAACGGCGGAGGACAGGAAGUGAGCACACCAACUCCUGCACCGGCCAGCCCGUCCCCCCCACCAGUGAGGGUCAAGGCACCUGACCCUCCAGUACCUGCGGCUGUGUCUCCGGCGCUGGACAAAAGAUCAGACGGGCGAUCGUGGCUCAGCGAGACACAGAUGAUUGAACAACAGCUAAAUAUGUCCUCGUUAGGUUCUCAGAACACAUCAUCUCUUGGUGAGCAACCGUACACAUCCAGCUACUCCAGCAAGUCUUCGAUGUCCUCUGCGUUCAACACGUCUGUAGAUGUCCACAAUCGAGCUGACCCGCCGGUCCAGAGAGAGAUUCCCACUUCUAUGUCAGCUCAGUCCCCGAUGAGCGGUGCUCAGGCGUACCUGGAAGAACGCAAACUCAAGACUGACCACCGAAACGAGUUGGACCUUUUAUCUGCACGGGAAGAUUUCCAGUGGACUGACAAACUGCCGGCCAGUGUGUACAGCAAGUUUGACGUAGACGAUCUCGAUGGAAGAGUUCUCAAGUCACUAUCAUAUCCAAAGAGUCAGGAGCUGGACGUGGAGGUCGAGGGCGGAGUGGGGUCACCGCUCGCUGGCAAGAUCAUGGUGGCCAUGGUGUUUGAUGGAGGCGUCGCCCAGCGCAGUGGCAAGAUUCGUGUCGGUGACCAGCUUAUGAUGGUCAAUGGUCAGUCUCUAGUUGGGGUCACGGCCGCAGAAGCCGAGAGAUUACUCCAGGGCUCCGACUCUGGGGCACAGGUGGAGUUGAUCUACUGUGAGUCCACGCUGCUCAACGACGAGGACAGUGUGACCUACUUCUAACAACCAACAGAUGGCACCGCUGACUGUGAGGUGGGCCAGGGAGAUCAUAGACCAGAAUGACAGAGCAUCAGACAGACAAGUUUUCUCUCACUACACAGUCACACUCAUCGUAAACUGCAGAGAGGGAACUGAUUGAGCAUCCUGCCAGUAUGACUGACUCAAAUAGUUGCUGGAAUAACAUACAUAUAUAUUUUUUAUAAGGCCUGUGGGGUUAGUAUACUAAGACAAACUUACUUAGGUUUUUUUUGUCUUGUGUCAUGAUUGUGAUGUGGAAUAUUGGUAAUUGGUAAGUUGUGAAUAAAAU